GUACGUACCUACCACCCGCCGGCAAUGGCGCCGAAGCUCCUACCGGCUGUCGCAGCCCUCCUCCUGGCCCUCUUCGCCGCGGCGGCACUCGCUUCGUCGGCGUCGGCGUUCACGGCGACCAUGAAGAGCACCGGUGGGCUGGGCGGCGCGGCGGCCGUGGUGAUGCGGCGUGGCGGGCGGACGUGCCGCGGCACGGUGGGCGAGUGCAUGGAGUACUUCGGCGUCGACGGCGAGGGCGAGGCCGAGGUGGCGGCCAUGGCCGGCAAGCGCCGGGUGCUCCAGAGCGGGUCCGGGUACAUCGGCUACGACGCGCUGCGCCGGGACAGCGUGCCGUGCUCGCAGCGGGGCGCCUCCUACUACAACUGCCAGCCCGGCGGAGAGGCCAACCCCUACUCCCGCGGGUGCAGCGCCAUCACCCAGUGCAGGGGCUAAACCCCAUUGCCUCCACUUUCUUACCUGCCACCUAUGCCUAAUCAUUCAGUACCUCUGCUGUAAUUACCAUCGACCAGAAGAAGAUGCUUCAUCUAUCGAUCACUAGCUUCGACGCUUCGUAGAUGCUCUGGACAUGUUAGUUGAUUGUGUAAUUUCUGUCUAUUUGGGUGAAAAGUAAGGUUCAGAUUC